CUUCUUCUUAAGGUCUUCACAUUUUCUCCAUUGAAGUCUCUCUUUUUCUCACACUUAAGCACCUUUUUAGAAUAUAAUAUAAUCAACAGAGACGUAAAAGACCAUAUUGAGAGGAUGUCUAGCAGAAGGUCGAGACAGUCGACGGAGACUUCAGGGAUCACAGACAAUCAGAUCAAUGAUCUUGUCUCCAAGUUGCAGCAAGUUCUUCCUGAGAUUCGAAAUAGGCGCUCCAACAAGGCGUCAGCUUCUAAGGUUCUACAGGACACCUGCAACUACAUUAGAAAUUUGCACAGAGAGGUGGAUGACCUGAGCGACCGACUGUCCCAGCUAUUGGCCACCAUAGAUUCCGAUAGCCCGGAGGCCGCCAUUAUCAGAAGUUUAAUUACUGAAUAAGCUCUUAAGAAGCACUAUAUAUGCAAGUGCUUCUUCUUCUUUUAGGGUUUGUUGGGUCAGUAGGCCUAUCAAUAUUAAAUGCUUAUCUAUUAUAAUGGUGAUCAGAUGUUCCCUUUGGGCAUAUGUGCUGUGAGUAAGUUGCAUAAUAAAAGGCUUGUACUUGGCAUCCUAUUAUAUAUAGUGUUUUGCUACUAAGAUUGAUCCAA